AUGGAGAACUUAGACUUUCUUCAAUUCAACACCUCCUGCAGGAAGACCAUUCAUUCCUACUCUGAGGACAUUCUCACUUACAGUCUGUUGUCCUGUGUCACGCUGCUCACCGUGGUUCUCAACCUGCUCGUCAUCAUCUCUAUUUCCCACUUCAGGAAGCUCUACACCACCACCAACCUCCUCCUCCUCUCUCUGGCUGUCUCAGACUUCCUUGUGGGUCUCCUGCUGAUGCCAUUUGAACUUUUCAUGCGAAGCUGCUGGAUCAUAGGUAACUUUAUGUGUGCUGUGACUUACUUUGUCGGAUUUUUAUUUGUCAAUGCCUCAGUAGGAACCAUGGUUCUCAUAUCAGUUGACCGCUACAUAGCAAUCUGUGACCCCAUGUUUUACUCCACCAAAGUUACUCUGAAAAGAGUUCAGCUCUGUGUUUGUCUGUGUUGGAUAUUUUCAUCUGUCCAUGGGAGUUUAAUGAUGAAGGAUUUCCUAAAGCAGCCGGACAGGUACGAUCCCUGUUAUGGACAGUGCUGUAUUGUAAUCAAUGAAAAUGAAGGAACUGUUGAUCUUAUUGUGACCUUUAUCGGACCCAUCACUGUCAUCAUAGUUCUGUAUAUGAGAGUUUUUGUGGUGGCUGUGUCGCAGGCUCGAGCCAUGCGCUUUCAUUCUGCAGCUGUUACAUUCCAGCGUCCAGAGACUGUAACUGCAAAGAAAUCUGAGUUGAAAGCAGCCAGGACUCUUGGUGUUGUCAUAGCUGUGUUUCUGAUGUGCUUCUGCCCAUUUUACUGUGUGUCCUUGUCAGGCCGUAAGAUCUUGGUUAGCUCUUCAAAUGAGGAUUUUACUGUUUUUGUGAUGUAUUUUAACUCCUGUCUAAACCCUCUGAUCUAUGCUUUUUUUUACCCCUGGUUUAGAAAAUCUAUUAAAUUCAUUGUUACACUUGAGAUUCUACAGCCCGACUUGCGUGAGGCCAACAUACUCUAG